ACUUCCGCUUCAAACGAACUCACCUUUCAGAAGAGUUUGAGAAUCUCAUUCAGGUGUAGGGAGAAAUUCAGUCUAGUUUAGUUGGAAGAAGAAUAACAAAAACAAAAGAAAAAUAUUGGAAACUACUGUGCUCUAUAUUUUCGUUCAGUUUAAAAAAGUGAUUUUUUUUUCUUGUGUCGGCGUUUUAAUUUUUGUCAGUUUGGCGAUGCUUUAGAGUGUUGUUAUCGUUUUGUGUUCGAAAAUGAAUUAAUGAACAAGGAUUUUUUCAACUGAAUUGUGUUAAUUUUGAUUGACAGUUGUCUGUGUUUGAAUGAGAUAUUUUUUAAUGUUCUUUUUUAAGAAGAUUUUGUGGUUCUAAUGUAAACGGAUAACUAUUUGGUAAUUUAGAAUGAAAUUUCAUUGGAUUACAUACUAGCUUGAGAAGUUUGAAGAGAAAUAAAAUAGCACUUGACUGUUAUGCAUAGAUUAUAUUCUGAAUCGUGGCAUUGAUGAGUAAAUCCGCGCAAAAAUAAAUCAAAAACAUCGUUACAGAAAAAGUGAAAUAUCAUAUAAAGAAUAUAUGAAGAAAAAUAUAAGUGCUUAUUAGAAGUUAUAUAAGCAUAGAUAUGAGAAAUUAUGUCAAAUUUAUUAAUCUUACAGCUGUAUUUAAAUGAUCGAUACUACUGAAGAAUGUAUGUUUUCAAAAGGGAUUAUUUAUACAAUUAUGUAAAAUAUGGAUAAUAUUCCUCAUUAAUCUGCGUUAUUAAAAUUUUUUUCAAUAAGAGAAAGUGCCAAGAAUAAUUAAAAAGCUACAAUCUUGUGUUUAGAUACAUAUUAAUAAGAUUGUGAUAUUAAGUUAUCACGAGGAAUGAUACAUUUAAUGUAUCAUAAAGUUUGAUUGCCAUUGCAUGAUUGGUUUAUUAUACAGGCAGUAGUAGGUCACCUGUGUUUCCUGCGCUUUCCUGUGAACUCCUGUUAAAAGUAAGGAAAGAGCAGUCCUGUUAAAUAUGCACAAAAGAACUGUUAGGUGUGGCCUUAAACUAUGUUUAUCAAACUUACUAUCAAUUUUUCUCUUCGUUGCAUUUGCAACAGCUGAUGAUUUCAGUCAAGAUGAUAGGUGUUAUUUAUCCAAUGGUGGUUCUUCAGAGACUUUUACUGUUAAAGAAGAUUUACCAGUUGGCAGCUUAAUUGGAACACUACCCAUUCCUGGAGAUCCUUCAAAAGAUGGCGACAUCGAAUUAACAUUAACUUCUGAACAUUCUCCUGUAGGAAUUCAAGAGUCAACCAAAAAUCUUAUUUUAAAACAAGCUCUUGAUAAAGAAGGAGUUUCAGGACUUGCAUCGGUAUUAGUUGAUGUCGCUUGCAGUAAAAAAGAGACGGAUGACCCUAGCAUAACAAUACCUGUUAGGAUUAUUGUCACCGACGCCAAUGAUAAUGCGCCAAUGUUUGUUGGUGCGCCAUACAGUGUCAAUAUCAGUGAAGUUACUGUAGUGGGAUCAACAGUCAUCCAGGGAAUCAAAGCUGUUGACAAAGAUCAGUAUGGACCGUUCAGCACUGUUGAAUAUUUCGUCGAUGAAGGGCCUUAUUCGCAUCUUCUUGCCUUUGAAAGCAGUUUAGAGGGUCAUGUGAUUUUAACCUCAGCAUUAGACUUUGAAACGUUGCCAAAUUUUACAGUUACUAUUAAAGCCAAGGACCAAGGAACGCCUCCUCAAGUUUCAGUUACUACAUUAACAGUUUGGAUUCAAGACGCAGAUGACCAAAAUCCAAGAUUUUUAGCUGAAAGUUAUAAAGCUAUUCUACCUGAAAGGCCCAUUUCGGGCACACCAUUAAGUAUUUCCCCAUCUUCAAUCAAAGCUGUUGAUCCUGAUGAAGGUAUUCAAGCUGCCAUUCAGUAUACUUUCAAUUCUGAAUCUGCAGAACAUGAAUUGUUCGAAAUAAAUCGUAGAACAGGACAAGUGACGAUACGAAAAACAUUACCAGAAGAUUUACGUCUUCCAAUUACAUUGGUUGUGAAAGCUACUCAAAUGGAUAAUAAAGAUCGAUAUUCUUUGACAACUUUGACAAUUGAAAGCGAUAACAUAGCACCAACUGAACUGAAAUUCACACAGACUGAUUAUGUAACAACAGCUUUAGAAAGUGCACCAGUUGGCCAAGUAGUCAUAACUGUACAAACAACUAAACCAAAUGAUAAGCAUGUUAGAUUGCAGUUAUUGGAUCAUCCAUCUGAAGAAUUUGCAAUACAAAAUACGGGAGAAAUCAUCAUAGCUAAACCAUUGGACUAUGAAAAAAGAACAUUUUAUUCAUUAAGGGUUGUUGCAUCGGAUGGAAAAACGAGUGAUGUGGCAAGAGUAAAUGUGACCAUUAUGAAUGUAAAUGACAAUGAUCCAACCUUUGUUCAGUCGCAGUACAAUUUUCUCGUAAAACAUGCGGAUGUCAGAAUUGCUAGUCUUAUUGGAACUAUUGAGGUUUCUGAUGGUGAUGUAAAUGAUACAAUUGAGUUAACUGUAAAAGGACCACAUGCAAGAGUGUUUUCCAUCACCAACAAAGGAGAGUUGAGAGUUCGAAACCUGGAGUUUCUCAAUGCCAGUACUUGUCAUAUAAUAGUUGUGGCUACAGAUAACGGUGUACCACCUCGUCAGUCAUCAGUUCUGGUUACUGUACAGUUCCCUGAAGAUGUCGCCCAAUCCAGUGUAUUUAAAAUUAAGAAAUCUGACAGUUCAUUACUACUUAUGAUUGUCUUUGGUGUUUUGCUAGGAACCUUGAUAAUUGUCAUCAUUACAUUGACUAUUUAUAUUUUGAAAACGAAACAAUACCGGGAUAGAAUACCAAGUGUAGUGUCUUCAAAUGGUACACCUAUGGCUAAUAAAAUGGCAACAUAUAUUUCUGGAGGUACUCUCACUAGCAACAACAAUAACAAACCUCAGGGAGGACAAGGUGCUAAUACUAUUGAACACCCAUCGGGAGUGGAAAAUCCCGUAUUUAAUAUGCCUGAUCAUAAUCAUCAAGGUACUUUGCAUCGUGGACAAUUGCCUCCUGCACCCUCGGAAGUAAGUGCUUGGCAAGGAAACGGUACUUUGAGAGGGGAUGAUCAUCAUAUGGGUACUUUUACUACAAGACCAGGAAGUGGAUUAAGUAAUGGAAAAGUUCAGAAUAUAUAUUGGCCAAAUGGUUCCAUACCACGACGAGUGAAAAAGCUAAGUUGGGAAGAUGAACAGCCAAAUAGAACCGAGCUUGAUCCAGAUGUCAGCGUGACGCCACUGAGCAAAACAUGCAACGACAGGCUAAAACAGCCAGGAUUAACAGUUUACUUUUGAUAGCUAAGUAGUGGACUAUAGAACAAUGUUUACUUAGUUUCAUGCGUGCAGGAAAUGAAAGUUUCGUGUACGCUCAUGCUUUUUAUCAUCGUGUAUGCCUUAUGAAAGUUAGAUUCCUGAAAAUUCUGUGAUAUUUCAAGCUGUGAACUUCAUUACUUAGUGAACUACUAUCAGUUUCAAACCCAUUAAUGAAAUUAUAGAUUGUGUUAAAGUUAGAAAAUGGGAUUGUUAUGAAUUAGGACAUUAAAACAGGUUGAGAUUGAAAUAAAAAUACUAACUUUAAUUACCUCUGAAAAGGUACUGCCCAACUUGCCUGAAGCACAGACUGUUGAAAACGUUUAGAUGAUUUCUUAAAUCAUCAUUCAAACUGCAUCAUCUUCACGAUUCACUUCAAAAAUGGGUUCAAGUGUUAUUACUAUCAGCAGGUAAAUACAAUUUGUAAAAAAAUAAAUUAGCCAAACACGUGAAUGUGCAAUUUUCACAUUAUAGUUUUCUUAGCUGUUGAAUAAUUUUAAGGCUUUCUUAGAAAGCAAUCAUAAUCUUUAUAAGUUGAAAAUCAAAAUACAGAGCUAUAGUCUGUCUAUGCAAAGAACACCCCUCGCCAUUCGAUUAGAGCAGUGUCGGUGACUAUGGUUGCGAGGUUUAGCUAUUUAAAGCAUCUGUGGUGUAUAUUUAAGACAGAUUUUGGCUUGGGUAGACGAUAAAAUAGGAAUCAGGGGAAAGAGAGAAGCUUCUCUCUUAAAUGCGCUAUUUCUAGUUUCCAUAGCAGCAGAUGGCCUUAACUGAGUGGCGAGGGGAGUUCUUUCUAUAGUCAAACUACCCCGGUAUAGGAGAAAGAUCCUUAACUUUUCGAUUUUAACUCCAAAUAUAUGUGAAAAGCUGCAAUGCUUUAAAAUUUCCUUUACAUAAGUUUUUCCUUCUGUCAACUGCAAAAUUUGUUAGCGUAAAUUUAGAUUGGCACAAUUUUUUUUAAUUAACUCAGAUUAAAAAGAAAGUUUUUUUUUAAAAAUAAUAUAUUUUGAUUGAGCCCAACUAUUUCGCUUUUUCUAAAUAAAUUUUAGCAUUGGAAUAAUUGAGUUAUCAAAAUUUACCUUUUCGAAACAAUAGCCUGUCCUAUAAAAGAAAGCAAAGGGCUACUAUAAAGGUAAAAAUGUAAACCUCUUGAUUAAGUGCGUAGAUAUUUUCUCGUUUUAGCACGCACAUCAUAGAUAUGGCUACAAUUAUCCUGGUUCUCUUAGAUAAAUGUAUUGGCUAUCACUUAAAAACUUCUGGGAGUAUGAAAAGAUUACUUUUAAAUAUCGGUGGUACAAUAUCAGCUUAAGCAAUACUUUUUAAACAAUUUAUAAAGAUAAACAAUGUCUUCUUAAUCUUUUCUUAUCAGCUUAAGCAAUACUUUUUAAACAAUUUAUAAAGAUAAACAAUGUCUUCUUAAUUUUUUCUUACCAGUUUAAGCAAUACUUUUCAAACAAUUUAUAAAGAUAAACAAUGUCUUCUUAAUUUUUUCUUACCAGUUUCAGCAAUACUUUUUAAACAAUUUAUAAAGAUAAACAAUGUCUUCUUAAUCUUUUCUUAUCAGCUUAAGCAAUACUUUUUAAACAAUUUAUAAAGAUAAACAAUGUCUUAAUUUUUUCUUUGAAACUUGCACAUUCAUGUCUCUGGUUCUUUUUGAACGAUUAUUUCUUAACAAAUGUCUUGUAUAACAUUAUAAGAAUUCUAUUGAGUGCUUAUCGUAUUAUUUUCUUUUUGAUACUGCAAUUUUUUCUUUUAAUAUUUUUGUGAUUAUUUAUGAUUUGAAAGUUUGAAGCUAUCAUAAUAUUUUCCUUAUUUAGAAUAAUAACUUCCAAUUAUAACGAGGAUUAGAAUGUGUACGAUCAUAAAUUAACUAUUAUAUUAUUUAAUAUAUUGUUAAUUUAUUAUUUAACUAUGUUUUAUUUAAUUAAUAACAUUAUUUUAUUAUUUAAUAAACAAUAAACUAGUUAAAGUAUUAAAAUAAAAUAAUUACUGUUAGCAAAACAUUUGUAUAAGUUUAAUGAAGAAAUUUAAGCAUAUGAAGUAUAGUUUUAUGUAAUGGCGGCAGCGUUCUUUUAAAAUAUGUGGUUGGAAACUACGAUAAUUUUAAUAAAUAUUUACAUGAAGUAUGAUAUUUUGAUUUACCCUUUAUUUGCCGAUUUAUUUAACUUUAUUCCAAGAUACAAGCACAGUGACAUGACGAAAACAGUAGCUUAUUUUCCUCAGACUUUAAUGGUUAUUUACUAUUUUGUACACCACCAAUUUUAUUUAAGUCACAGGUGCUCUGUACAAAUAUAAAUGUUUUUGUUAUAUAACGGAUACUAAUGCCUCGAUUCUUUCAAAUAAAUAGUAAUAAGGAAAUUACUUUCGCUUAUUUUGCUUAUUUAACUUUUUUUUGGAAAUAUGAAAGUUGUGCUUUUGAAGCAGAGUCUGUGAAUAAAUGUUUAAAUAGAGCAUAUACUAAAAUUUAAAUAUUUUUCAUUUUUAAGCACAUAUUGACAACCACUUUCUUAAUUUUUGGUAGGACGCUGAUAAAAGUUAUAACAUAACAGUAUUUUUUUCUCUUUUUAAAAGUCGAAACUGGUAUAAACAGUUCUUAGCUUACAAUGCAUCUGAGUUUUAUUAACUGUUGAUUAUAACAAAAUUAAAGCUGAUUAAAUGCUGAUUAUGCGACAACAGUUUAAAAAACAAACUUAUUUAUUAAUUUAUUGCAUGGUAUUUUUUUUUAAAAAGUGCAGGGAUUAAAAAGGAACUUUUUUGAAAGUCUGCUGGUCAGAAACUAAUAUGAUUGAAUAAUUAAAAGAUUUUAAUUUGCAUUUACCUGAACUGUAAUAUAAUUUGAACUAUCAUUUUUUACACUCUUCUUUUUGUUGCAGCUAUUGAAUAACUACAAUUUUUUAGCUCAUAUUUUGCGUAUUACUGCAGUUAUAGUUUUGUUAAGUAAUUACGCUUCAUAGAGUUGAAUACGUUCUUUGCUUGAAAAUGUAAUAAGCAUUAAUACAAUGUUAAAUAUCGUUUGUUUAUGUAAAUAAUGUACAUGCUUGGAGAUAGGUAUUACAAUGUAAAUAAAGAAAAAAUUUUGUUUUUGCUUUUUGAAAUUAAUCAUAUUCUUCAUUGAGAUAAGUCUUCUGUUGCUAUUCUGAUAUAUAAAACUUAUCUUUUUAUUUUAUCAUGCUUCUAAGUCACUUGAAUAAAUUAAAAUUUCCUACGCAAUUUUUUAAAUAUUAUUUUCCUUGUAUGUAGUAAACAUGAAAUAUUUGGUAAAAAAUUUGAUAAAAAAUUGCUAAAAAUUUGCUAAAAAUGUCACUGUUUCAUAUAUAUUACAUUUUGAUACUAUUUUGCCUUUGUACAUAUGUUGUGCUUGUGUAAAUGAAAUGGUAUUGUUUAAGUUAUUAAAUAUUUUGAAUAAAUCAUUUUUGAUA